UUUCUGAAACUGAGUUUUAAAACCGGCAACUCUUUUUUAUCACCCCUUUGGGUUUUUGCAAAAUCCCUCUUUGUACCAACUUCCUUACAGCUACUCUUAUUUCCUGUUGUAGAAUUUUUUUUCCUUCCAGGGAAGAGAAAUCAAGACAACCCCUUCUCUAGGAAGGAGGUGGUUGGUCUGAUCUCAAGUGGUGUGAGAAGACCUAUUUUGAUCUAAACCAGGAUCCUAGGCUGGGUUAUUUCCAACCCGGGUCAAACAAUUUUGAUCGCAAGAUGUUUUUUUGGUUUAUGUGCUGCCUUGUGGAUAUGUGGCUGAUUUCUGCCUCAGAUGUGGGCCACUGUCCUGACCCUUUGCUGGUGAAUGGUGAGUUUAGUUCCUUGGAGCCUGUGAAUGUGAAUGACACUGUCACGUUUAAGUGCAAUGAGCAUUACAUCCUCAAGGGCAGCAAUUGGAGCCGGUGCCUAGAGAACCACACCUGGGUGCCUCCCUUUCCUGUCUGCAAAAGCAGAGACUGUGGCCCUCCUGAGAAACCAACUCAUGGCUAUUUUGAAGGAAUAGAUUUCAACUUGGGAUCUACCAUUACUUAUUACUGUGAAGCGAGGUACUACCUGGUGGGCACACAGCAGCAACAGUGCAUUGAUGGGGAGUGGAGCAGUACCCUUCCGGUCUGUGAAUUGAUCCAAGAAGCUCCCAAACCAACUGAGUUGGAGUUGGAGAAAGCACUGCUUGCCUUUCAGGAGAGUAAGGAACUAUGCAAAGCCAUAGAGAACUUUACACAAAGAUUAAAGAAAAGUGGCUUAAUGAUGGAGAAAGUAAAAUGUUCUCUGGAAAUAAGGAAAGCUGAGUUGAAGACAAAAAUGUUGCCCUGACAUUGUCUGAGCAGACUGGGUAAUAGAAAUACUAUGAAUAAAAUUUCCUCUUGGCUCU